AGAAGGGAGUAGAAGCCAUAAGAUGAAGAAACGCUAUGUGGACGCGAACAGGCUACGGAAGAUGAAAAAGCUGAAAAUAACGGAGCGGCUGUCUGAGAGUGCGUACACCUUCCUGAAGUGUAUGAUGAUAUGGACACUGGUACUGCUGGCAGAUUUCAUCCUUGAAUUCAGAUUGGAGUACCUGUGGCCAUGCUGGCUCUUCUUUGGGAGUGUGUACACCACUUUCCACUGCCACGGGCUGGUUAUUUGUGUUGUUUUUGUUUGUGCUGCUUUCACUCUUGACAUCUUUUGUUUGAUUUUUGUUCCUUUGCACUGGCUGUUCUUUGUGGCGAGCACCUAUGUAUUAUUCAAUUACAUAUGGCAUACAGAGAAGGGCAUCUGUAUAUCAACGGUGUCCCUGUGGAUUCUGCUUGUCUACACAGAGGCUUCACUACGACUCAAAGACCUAAAAACAUCUCAUGCCAAUCUGUCUCAUCUUUUUGCUGCACACUGUAUUGGAUAUCCUGUGGUAUAUCUGGGGUUUGAUGCCACCUGCUACUUCACCAACAUCUUUAAGCUGCGCAUACAGAAAGCGGUGCAGAGUGAGAACAACUUCCACAUGCACCUCCUGCAGCACUCGCUCCCUCCAGACCUGCAGGUUUUCCCCAAGACUGGCACAGAUGGCAGCAGCAACUCAAAAUGGAAAAUAAAGCCUGAGUCAAGUCAGUAUCAGUGUCAAAAUGGUGCUGUAAUGGCCCAUGAAGAGGUGCACACUGUGGAUUGCCUCCAGAUCCGCAGUGAGGAGAGAGCAACAGAGAAGGGAACGCAGGAGGGGAGGUUGGCUGAGUCAAACCGGCGGCCAUCAUCAUCUAAACACAGUCUCAGUGAGUCCAGAGAUCUGCUUCACAGUGGGGCAGGAGGAACAGAAUCCUCCACGACCGAAGUAAAUCUACCUCAAGAGGAGCAGGGAAGCAAAGUCACGCGGCCAGCUAAAAGCUCCUCGCCAAAAGCCCGCAGAGGCGGCACAAACACUCCUUCACCACCCGCAGCGAGGACUGAGAAAAAACAGAGAUCCGGCUCCAAAACAGUCAGCCCCAACCGGGAUGUUACAGACAAGAGUACCACAGCAACUCUGAAUUACCAUGCUGAACAGAUGAGCAAGCUGGAGCAGGAGCUGAGGAGGCUGAAGGGUGAGCUGCAGGCAAGCAGGCAGAGCGAGCAGGAGCUGCGAAGUCACGUCUGCAACUUAACUAACAGUGAGAGGAGCCUGAGACCAGAGGUGUCCCUGCUCAGACAGUCCAACAUGCUGCUCCAGAGCAAGAUUCUGUGUUUGACUAAAACCAAGCAGCGGGACAAACAGACCAGUGUGAUCCUGGAGAAGAAGACCAGAGCAGAGACAGAGUCCAGACUCUCUGCUGAGAAACAGUUGGCUGAACUUCAGGCUCAGAAACUGGAGGAGGCGGCCAGCACCGCACGGAGCCUAACAAACAGGCAGGAACACUCUGAAACCCAAAUGUUAAGGAAAAGAGUAAAAGAUCUAGAGACAGAGUACAAACAACUACAGCUGGAGUAUCAAGUGAAAGAGAGUCGGGUGGUAGAUCUAGAGAGUGAUGUUGAGGCUUUGGGAAAAUACCGCUGUGUGGAGAAAGAGACGGACAUGCUGCUGUCCACUCUGUCAGCCAUGCAGGAGAAAGCUCAGCAUCUGGAGUACAACCUGAGUGCCGAGACCCGCAUCAAACUGGACCUGUUCUCCGCUCUGGGAGAUGCCCGCAGGCAGCUUGAAAUCGCUCAAGAUAAAGUGAUGAAGCAGGACCGGGAGAUAGGUGAGAUGAAGCAGAAGAUUGCGGAGGUGAUGGCCGUCAGCCCCGGCGUUUCCUACAUGGCUCCCCGGCCUCCGAUGCCGCAGUAUCUCACCAAGUUACUCAACUCUGAGCGCUACAUGCUGAAUCCACGAGCGCUGAUGUACCAGUGUUUGAAGAAAUAAAGAGAUGCCAGAGAUCCUCAGACCUCCUCGUCAGAACCCCUCCGUCCUAAAAAAUGAGAGGGAGGGGUUUAAUGGAUUUUAUUACAGAGCUAAAUGACACCACAAAGUCAUCUACUUCCAGCACUGAGUGGAACCAGAGCGAGCCUCCACGAGUUGAAUGCCUUUAGCUGCACUGAUGGUGCUAACUUGACAUCAUUCUGUAUAUUUCAUGGGUCCUCCCACAUCGAGGGUUGAAGAGUUUCACUCCAAAAUGAGCUAUUUGAUAUGCAGAGCUGCUAUAGGCACGAGUUUUUAUGUAAAGAUACAACCGCCCUAACUGCGUAAACCAUCUAAUUGGGAUGCAGCAGAGAGAAGCACAACAUCUCUGCUAGUUCAGACACUGGAGAUGUGUCUAGAUGAAAAUCUGGUGCUGGGUUUGGACAUUUUUACAUAAGAGACAAAAGAAUGAAGGAGACAUUUCCCGAACAGCCGUAAAUGUUUUGUCCGAACAAAGCUGGACCCAAUCAAUUUUCCUCUCUUCUCUAGGAUCUGAAAUGAUCUCAGAUCAGUUAGUAUGAAUUAAUUGUUUACUCAUGUCACAUGAAUUCUUGUUAUUUGAGUUCAAAUUUUACAGGUAGAUAAAACUCACUACCCUAGAGACCCACCGGGGGACAACUCUGUGCAAUGUAGGUCCUGGCGUGAAAGAAAAAUUCUCCAUUCAAUAUUAUUCAAGUCUUAUUCUAAGUAUUCUCAUACAAAGCUGUAAGAUUUUAGGAAAUAUAAUCACCUUUGUUAUAAUUAUUACUAAGGGGUAUCUUGAUCUGCAGUGAUAUUGAUAAUGUCUUUCAAAAUAACAUGGCCAAAUAUUACUUUGUCCCUUUGAGUCACAUGAUUUUUAAUGUUCAUUAGGAAAAAAAUGAUCAAAUGGGCCUUUUUAGUUUACAUAAUAGGAAGAGCCCAGACAUUACUAAUAACACGAAUGAUGGCUCUGCUCUAAUCAGGUGUUGUCCCAGUAAACCGUGACAGUGAGUCAGCAUGCACAGUAGAAUUCAGCCUCUAUUUAUUUUAUUAUUUAAAUCUCCGCUGCUUUUUCUGCUGUGACAUGUCAAAAUGUCUAAUGUGAAAAAAAGGCUUAUUGGUAAAAACAUAUAUAUGUUCUGCAGCGUUUUAAAUUGUAAGCUGCGACUGUUUUUGGUUCAGGGAGAUGUGAAAACUGUGAAUCGUAUCUCAACAUGUCAUACUCUAAUGUGAUUAUAGAGAGAUGAUAUAUGAUCAUUGAAUUACCUCCUCGCCCUAGUUAGUGUGGAUAAUGAACUUCCAUUGAAUUUAAAAAGUACAGUGCAUCUCUGAUAAAAUACAAAUUUUCCUCAUACAAGUCUCUUAAGGCAUAACUAUAAUUAUUUACCAACGACAUUAUUAUAUUCUAAUUUUAUUUCAAAGUAUGCAGCAAGAUGUUGUUGUUGGCGCCUGUAAAUAGAGGAUUAAGAUCAUUUGAAUUUGGCUGAAACUCAGAAAAACGUCCUGGGUUCAUUGAAUUAUUGCUUUCAAAACCUAAAUUAUACAGUUUUUUUUGGAAUGAGACCCUUCAGAGUUGGAAUAUUUCUAUUUAAGAGGUGCUGUCUUUGUCUGAGAUUUCUAGACUGCUAUCCGGGAGUUUCCUGGGAACAAUUACGGGAUAUUUAAUUGUCAGGGUAACCUGAUAAUGUCGAGCAGAUGCAGUAAACGGAGCUAACUGUGGGCGGCGAUUACCUGGUCGUUUCCACUGACAGCUGAUAACUACAUUUCAAUGUCCGACGGCUCUCUGCUCCUCAGUGGCAAACUCCGAGGUAAGAGAGAAAGUGUGGAAAAAGUGAAGUGACUGGUUGCCACUGUGGUUGUUCGGGCCAGAAUUCAACUUUGUCCUUGAGUUAAAGUAGAGUUGUGAAUAACAAGGAAUGGUGUUGAACAAACACGGUUCAUGAAUUACUGUGCCUACAAACAUUACUUUCAAACUGGGAAGUAAAACGCAAAUUUAAUGUGAAAGAGUAAUGUGUUUGAAUUGAAGUGCUAUGUACUGUUUUUGUAGUUUUAAUGUUUGUUUUUUUUUUACUCAAUGUACAGAAUUGAAAAUACCCACGCCACUGAAAAACACUCAUGAACUGGAUGUCGCCAUUUUGGUAGCUUUUUAUUUAGAGUGUGUUUCUAGGGCGUUUUAUAUGAAAAAUAUUUUUUAGUCUCGCUGUACUUUUAUUAUACUGCUGUAAUUUUGUACGGCAACGUGUUUGUCAGCAUGAAAUGUGUUUUAUUGAACUGUUAUUUGAGCACACAUUGUGACUUUAAGUAUGUACAUUAAUAUGCUUGUACAAGGGCUACAGUUUCUUAAACUUUUGAACAAAUAAUUGUUAAUUCAGACUGUGGUGUUCUGAGGGUAGAGAUCACACUACUGAUA